GCCUUUUCCUUUUCCUCAACUGUCGAAGACGCUCUCUUACAUGUUCCCUUUACGUCGCUCGUCCCAUCCACUGGCAGCUCUGCGCCAAAAUCCUCUCCAUCACCUCCAUCGACUACGCCCCAUGCGUACUUCAGCGCAUUGAGGAGAUUUGGUCACCUUUCUCAUUAGUCAAGUAAAACACCAGCUUUCGCCCAUCACUUCAGUUCCCGCCAUUAAACUCCUUUCCUCUCUCUGUCUCUAUAUGCGUUCUGUUUCCACUCGUUCGUCAAUGGCACUUGUCGUAAAAUCUGCGAACAAUAAGGGCAAAACAGAUCCCAAAACCUCCUCUUCAAAGAAAGGCGACACCGGGCACUUAAAUCUGUCCAUCGCCGAUGGACCGAGCAUUGGACAAAGCGUGCAAUCCGGUAGAAUCCGAGUCCUCAAGGAAGGCAGAUCAUCAGGAAAGUGCCCCGUGAUCUACUGGAUGUUUCGUGAUCAACGGUCAAAAGACAACUGGGCCUUAAUCCACGCCGUCGAUCAGGCUAACAAGAUGGACGCACCCGUCGCGGUCGCAUUCAACUUGUUCGAUCAGUUCUUGGGAGCGAAAGCCCGUCAGUUAGGGUUCAUGCUGAGGGGACUGCGUGAGCUCGAACAGACUCUCAAGGCCUUGGAAAUUCCUUUUUUCUUGUUUCAGGCAAAGGCGGUGGAUACCAUACCGAAAUUUUUGAAUGAAUGCAACGCGUCGCUUCUAGUUAUGGAUUUUUCGCCAUUACGGGAAGUCCGGAAAUGGAAAGAUGAGAUUUGUAAGAAAGUAGGGGAGUCGGUAGCUGUGCAUGAAGUAGACACACAUAAUGUAGUGCCCAUUUGGGUUGCAUCGGAGAAAUUGGAGUACAGUGCAAGGACUAUCAGGACUAAGAUUCAUAAGUUGCUUCCAGAAUAUCUUAUUGAUUUUCCAAGUUUGCAACCUCCUAGUAGGAAAUGGAUGGCUGAGGGUCCCGCCAAGAUUGACUGGGAGAAACUUACUGCUGAUGUUUUGAGGAAAGGAGCAGAGGUCCCUGAACUGGAGUGGUGUGAACCAGGAGAACUUGCUGCAAUGGAAGUGCUCUUGGGAAGCACAAAUGGGUUCUUAACGACAAGACUAAAGAAUUACUCUAAUGAUCGAAACAACCCAUUAAAGCCUAAAGGGCUUUCGGGUCUCUCCCCGUAUUUGCACUUUGGGCAGAUAUCGUCACAGCGUUGUGCCUUGGUAGCGCGUACCUUUCGGAAAAUGCAUCCACAGUCAGUUGAUGCAUUCUUGGAAGAGAUGAUUGUGCGAAGGGAGCUGGCAGAUAACUUUUGCUUUUACCAGCCACAAUAUGACUCAGUACAAGGUGCAUGGGAAUGGGCUCAGAAAACUUUAAUGGACCAUGCUGCUGAUAAAAGAGACCAUCUUUACACGAAAGACCAGCUGGAAAAGGCAAAAACUGCUGAUCCUCUCUGGAAUGCAUCUCAAUUGGAGAUGGUCCACCAUGGAAAAAUGCAUGGAUUCAUGCGGAUGUAUUGGGCAAAGAAAAUUCUUGAAUGGACAAGUGGACCUGAAGAAGCUCUUUCAAUAGCAAUAUAUUUAAACGACAAGUAUGAAAUAGAUGGUAGGGAUCCAAAUGGAUAUGUUGGUUGUAUGUGGUCAAUUUGCGGUGUGCAUGAUCAGGGUUGGAAGGAGCGAGCAGUGUUUGGAAAGAUUCGUUACAUGAAUUAUGCUGGCUGCCAAAGGAAAUUUGAUGUUGAUGGCUACAUAUCAUACGUGAAGAGGCUGGUUGGUGAAACUAAGAAGAGGAAAAUAGACAACCCAGCAAAUCCAGCAUCCAAGGAAUCCAGAACGUUAGAGUCUGUAUGAUGAACAGAGGAAGUACAUAUGAGGCUGAAAUGCACUGAUUUACCCAUUUUUGCCUUCUGGUCUGAAUACAUUGCAAGGCCUCCUUCCUAGGAUCAGUUACAUUGGGCAGCUUACUGACCACCCCAACUUGACAAAAAAGAAAGGCAGUUGGGAGUGACCAUUGUCUAGAGCAUAGGGAAAGGGAGUAGGAGAUAAUUCAUAGAAACGCUGUUUUAAAGGUCCUUGCCUUGAUAUUGACUAAGAUUACCUUGAGAGCAUGUUGUAUUUUUCAAACAAGGUUAUUAUUGAUCGUCUCUUUCCCCAUAAAAAAAGGGUUGUAUUGUAUUGAUAAUUGUACUGAAACCUCAUAAUUAUUGCAUUUUCUUACCUUUUAUUUCACAUGGUAUUAUAACAA